AUCGAGAGGACCAAUCGAUUCUUUGCACAGGUGAGUCAGGAGCGGGCAAGACGGAAAACACAAAGAAGGUCAUCCAGUACCUGGCCCAUGUUGCCUCCUCACACAAAGGACGCAAAGACCACAACAUUCCUCCCGAUUCUCCCAAAGCAUUCAAGCUACAGGGGGAGUUGGAACGUCAGCUCCUGCAAGCCAAUCCAAUCCUGGAGUCGUUUGGCAAUGCCAAGACGGUGAAAAACGACAACUCGUCUCGCUUUGGGAAGUUCAUCAGAAUCAACUUUGACGUUACUGGCUACAUUGUUGGGGCCAAUAUUGAAACCUAUCUUCUAGAAAAGUCGAGAGCCAUCAGGCAGGCAAAAGAGGAGAGGACUUUCCACAUUUUCUAUCGCCUGUUGGCAGGAGCUGGAGAGCAUCUUCGAACUGAUCUCCUUCUUGAGGGAUUCAACAGCUACAGGUUCUUGUCAAAUGGCAACAUUCCCAUCCCGGGUCAGCAGGACAAGGAGAAUUUCCAGGAGACAAUGGAGGCGAUGCACAUCAUGGGCUUCUCCCAUGACGAAAUAGUCUGCAUGUUAAAGGUGGUUUCUGCCGUGCUGCAGUUUGGCAACGUCGUGUUCAAGAAGGAGAGGAAUACCGACCAAGCCUCAAUGCCUGAGAACACAGCGGCACAGAAGCUCUGCCACCUGCUUGGCAUGAAUGUUAUGGAGUUUACCCGAGCCAUCCUGACCCCGAGGAUCAAAGUGGGACGAGACUACGUGCAAAAAGCUCAGACCAAAGAACAGGCUGACUUUGCUGUGGAGGCCCUGGCCAAGGCGACAUAUGAGCGGCUGUUCCGCUGGCUGGUCCACCGCAUCAACAAGGCCCUGGACAGGACCAAGCGACAGGGCGCCUCCUUCAUCGGCAUCCUGGACAUUGCUGGCUUUGAGAUCUUCGAGCUGAACUCCUUCGAGCAGCUGUGCAUCAACUACACCAACGAGAAGCUGCAGCAGCUCUUCAACCACACCAUGUUCAUCCUGGAGCAGGAGGAGUACCAGAGGGAGGGCAUCGAGUGGAGCUUCAUUGACUUCGGCCUGGACCUGCAGCCGUGCAUCGACCUCAUCGAGCGGCCGAACAAUCCUCCAGGAAUCCUGGCUUUGCUCGACGAGGAGUGCUGGUUUCCCAAAGCCACAGACAAGACAUUUGUGGACAAAGUGCUGCAGGAGCUGGGCACGCACGCCAAGUUCCAGAAGCCGCGGCAGCUGAAGGACAAGGCAGACUUCUGCAUCAUCCACUACGCUGGGAGGGUGGACUAUAAAGCUGACGAAUGGCUGAUGAAAAACAUGGAUCCUCUGAAUGACAAUGUGGCCACGUUGCUCCACCAGUCAACUGACAAAUUUGUGGCUGAGCUCUGGAAAGACGACAUUCAGACGUUUCAGAGAGCCUCUUUCUAUGACAAUGUGUCUGGGCUCCAUGAAGCUCCAGUGGACCGGAUCGUGGGUCUGGACCAGGUGGCAGGCAUGAACGAGACGGCCUUCGGCGCUGCCUACAAGACCAAGAAAGGCAUGUUUCGCACGGUUGGACAGCUGUACAAAGAGCAGCUGUCCAAGCUGAUGGCCACACUCAGGAACACAAAUCCCAACUUUGUGCGCUGCAUCAUCCCCAACCACGAAAAACGAGCUGGGAAGCUGGACCCUCACCUUGUUCUGGACCAGUUGAGAUGUAACGGCGUGCUGGAGGGGAUCCGCAUCUGCAGACAGGGAUUCCCAAAUCGGAUCGUUUUCCAGGAGUUCAGACAGAGGUAUGAGAUCCUCACUCCCAACGCCAUUCCCAAAGGUUUCAUGGACGGGAAGCAGGCCUGCGAGCGAAUGAUUCAAGCACUAGAGCUCGAUGGAAACCUCUUCCGUAUCGGCCAGAGCAAGAUAUUUUUCAGAGCCGGAGUCCUGGCUCACUUAGAGGAGGAGAGAGACCUGAAGAUCACCGACAUCAUUAUUUACUUCCAGGCCGUCUGCAGAGGAUACCUGGCACGCAAAUCCUUUGCUAAGAAGCAGCAGCAGCUCAGCGCCCUGAAGGUCCUUCAGAGAAACUGUGCUGCUUACUUGAAGCUUCGUCACUGGCAGUGGUGGAGGCUGUUCACCAAGGUGAAGCCGCUGCUGCAGGUGACCAGGCAGGAGGAGGAGAUGCAGGCUAAAGAUGAAGAGCUGGUCAAAGUGAAGGAGAAGCAGAUGAAGGUGGAAGGAGAGCUGGUGGAGAUGGAGAGGAAACACCAGCAGCUGAUGGAAGAGAAGAACAUCCUCGCGGAGCAGCUGCAGGCGGAAACGGAGCUGUUUGCCGAGGCGGAGGAGAUGAGAGCUCGGCUGGCGUCCAAAAAGCAAGAGCUGGAGGAGAUCCUGCACGACCUGGAGUCCAGGCUGGAGGAGGAGGAGGAGAGGAACCAGGGGCUGCAGAACGAGAAGAAGAAGAUGCAGUCCCACAUCCAGGACCUGGAAGAGCAGCUGGAUGAGGAGGAGGCUGCGAGGCAGAAGCUUCAGCUUGAGAAAGUUACGGCUGAAGCCAAGAUGAAGAAAUAUGAGGAGGAUAUUCUGCUGCUGGAGGAUCAGAACUCCAAGUUCCUGAAGGAGAAGAAGCUGGUUGAAGACAGAAUCAAUGAAAUGACAUUGAUGCUUGCUGAGGAGGAAGAGAAAGCCAAAAAUCUAGGAAAGAUGAGAAACAAGCAGGAGAUGAUGAUGGUGGACCUGGAGGAGAGACUGAAGAAAGAGGAGAAAACCCGGCAGGAGCUGGAGAAGGCCAAGAGGAAGCUGGACGGAGAGACGUCCGACUUCCAGGACCAGAUAGGCGAGCUGCAGUCCCAGAUAGAGGAGCUCAAAGUCCAGCUGAGCAAGAAGGAGGAGGAACAGCAGAUGAUGCAAACCAGGGGUGAAGAGGAGAUCAACCAGAAGAACAACGCGCUGAAGCAGAUCCGGGAGCUGCAGGCCCAGCUGUCUGAGCUGCAGGAGGACCUGGAGUCUGAGAAGCAGGCCAGGAACAAGGCGGAGAAACUCAAGAGGGAUCUGAGUGAGGAGCUGGAGGCGCUGAAGACGGAGCUGGAGGACACGCUGGACACGACCGCGGCGCAGCAGGAGCUCAGAACCAAGCGUGAGCAGGAGGUGGCAGAGCUGAAGAAAGCCAUCGAAGAGGAAACGAAAAACCACGAGGCUCAGAUCCAGGAGAUGAGACAGAGGCACGCGACCGCAUUGGAGGAGCUGUCCGAGCAGCUGGAGCAGGCCAAGAGGUUCAAAGCUAACCUGGAAAAGACCAAACAAAGCCAAGAGAAUGCCAACAAGGAGCUGGCCAACGAGGUGAAAACCUUACAGCAAGCAAAGACCGAGUCCGAGCACAAGAGGAAGAAGCUGGAGGGUCAGCUGCAGGAGUUCAUGGCCCGGGUCACCGAGGGCGAGCGGGCCAAGGGCGAGCUGGCUGAACGCACACACAAGCUGCAGACCGAACUGGACAAUGUGUCGGCCUUGCUGGAAGAUGCAGAAAGGAAGGGCAUCAAGAUGGCCAAAGAUGUUUCCGGAUUAGAGAGUCAACUGCAAGACACACAGGAGCUCCUCCAGGAGGAAACCCGGCAGAAGCUGAACCUGAGCAGCCGCGUCCGCCAGCUGGAGGAGGAGAAAGCCGCUCUGCAGGAGCAGCAGGAGGAGGACGAGGAGGCCCGCAAGAACCUGGAGAAGCAGCUGCUGAGCGUCCAGGCUCAGCUGUUGGAGAGCAAAAAGAAGCUGGAGGACGACGUCGGAACAAUAGAAAACCUGGAGGAGGCGAAGAAGAAGCUCCAGAAGGACCUGGAGCUGUCCAACCAGCGUCUGGAGGAGAAGACCAUUGCCUUUGAGAAGAUGGAGAAGACGAAGACUCGCCUUCAGCAGGAACUGGACGACCUCACCGUCGACCUGGAUCACCAGAGGCAGAUCGUCUCCAACCUGGAGAAGAAGCAGAAGAAGUUUGACCAGAUGCUGGCCGAGGAGAAGAGCAUCUCGGCCCGCUACGCGGAGGAGAGGGACCGCGCCGAAGCCGAGGCCAGAGAGAAGGAGACCAAAGCUCUAUCCAUGACCAGAGCUCUGGACGAGGCACUGGAGGCCAAAGAGGAGCUGGAGCGGAUCAACAAGCAGCUCCGAGCCGAAAUGGAGGACCUGAUGAGCUCAAAGGACGACGUUGGCAAGAACGGCCAUGAGCUGGAGAAGUCCAAGCGCACGCUGGAGCAGCAGCUGGAGGAGAUGAAGACUCAGCUGGAGGAACUGGAGGACGAGCUGCAGGCCACAGAGGACGCCAAGCUGCGUCUGGAAGUCAACAUGCAGGCCAUGAAGGCGCAGUACGAGAGAGACCUGCAGGGCCGUGACGACCAGAACGACGAGAAGAAGAGAGCUCUGGUCAAGCAGGUGCGAGAAAUGGAAGCCGAACUGGAGGAUGAGAGGAAGCAGAGAGCUCUGGCUGCAGCCGCGAAGAAGAAGCUGGAGAUGGACCUGAAGGACAUCGAGGGACACAUAGAGGGCGCCAACAAGGCCCGGGACGAAGCCAUCAAGCAGCUGCGCAAGUUACAGGCUCAAAUGAAGGACUACCAGAGGGAGCUGGAGGACACCCGGGCUUCCAGAGACGACAUCUUCGCCCUGUCCAAGGAGACGGAGAAGAAACUGAAGAGCCUGGAGGCCGAGAUCGUUCAGCUGCAUGAGGACCUGGCUGCCUCUGAGAGGGGCCGGCGUCACGCCGAGCAAGAACGAGACGAGCUGCAGGACGAGAUCUCCAACAGCACCUCCGGAAAAGCCGCCCUGAUGGAUGAGAAGAGGCGGCUGGAGGCCCGAAUCGCCCAGCUGGAGGAGGAGCUGGAGGAGGAGCAGGGCAACAUGGAGCUGCUCAACGACCGCUUCAGGAAGACAAACAUGCAGGUGGACACCCUGACCACAGAGCUGAGCGCGGAGCGCAGCACGGCGCAGAAGAGCGAAAACGCCCGGCAGCAGUUGGAGCGCCAGAACAAGGACCUGCGUGCCAAACUGAGUGAGCUGGAGGGUUCGGUGAAAAACAGGUUCAAGGCCUCCAUCACCGCUCUGGAGGCCAAGAUAGCACAGCUGGAGGAGCAGCUGGAGCAGGAAGCCAGGGAGCGGGCGGCAGCCAACAAGAUCGUCAGAAGGACAGAGAAGAAGCUGAAAGAAGUCUGCAUGCAGGUGGAGGACGAACGUCGCCAUGGCGAUCAAUUCAAAGAGCAACUGGAGAAGGCCAACUCCCGCAUGAAGCAGCUGAAGCGGCAGCUGGAGGAGGCGGAGGAGGAGGCCACCCGGGCCAACGCCUCGCGCAGGAAGCUGCAGAGGGAGCUGGACGAUGCCACAGAGGCCAGCGAGGGCCUCAGCCGCGAGGUUCAUACCCUCAAGAACCGACUCAGACGCGGCGGCCCCAUCACCUUCUCCACCAGCCGCUCUGGCCGACGUGCGCUGCAGGCGGAGGGAACCUCCCUGGACCUCCUGUCAGACGACGAGCUGGAAAACAAGAUCACCGACAACAACGCCAACGAGACCCCGGCCCCCCAGCAGGAGUAGAUGCACACAUAUCACUAAACCCGCAACAAUCACUCAGACUUUAACUGCUCCAACAGGGAACCCUCCGAUUCCUUCAUCUCUUCUGUUUUACUGAAGUUUUUUCUUUUUUUUUUUUAUAUUUCCCUAAUUAAUUCCCAUGUAAUUUUAGUCAGAAGCCCUUAUCAGAUUAACCUUUAGUAGACACCAGCAGUUGGACCCCAACAGUCCCUCUUUAGCAAGGCAUUAUCUGUGUUUAGUUACAGAGGCAGAAGUUUAGAAACACGAAAACCCAACUUUUGUUUAUAGAGUUGGUGAUGAAUAUUGUCUGCUGGUCCAGUGGUUAGCUGUUCAGUAAUUAUGCCAACAGCACUGGAAAAUGAUCCAAUCAGAAAGGAGCCGUUUGGGUUCCUGCGUCUGUGCAAAGGUAUUCGGAAAACACUUUGAACUUUUCCACAUUCUGUCAAAUUAAAACUGCAAACUUCGGUGUGUUUUGUUGGGAUUUUAUGUGAUAUCAACACAAAGAGUGUCGUUGAAGGGAACUGAUUUAUCGCUCCUGGCUCAGAGGUUUGUAGGUUUACUUUGCUGCAGUUAUGGUUUCGAGUCUUUUAGGUUUCUCUCUACCAGCUCUGUGAGUUUUUGCCUGUUCUUUAAGCUUUGAGAAUGUCUGGAUUUACUCGGUCUAAAGUUUGGACUGGAACAGUUUAACAUGCUAUGAUCUGAAACCUGCGGCUCCAGAGAAACAUGUGGCUCUCACAAAACCAAAACAGAAAUGUUUUUGAUUAUGGACUCAUAAUGAAAUGGUGAGUUUUUCCAUAAGUUCAUAUGCAAAAUCUGCUUUUAAUACCCGGAAAAGGGUUUCUAAAGCAACUAGCUUCAAACUACUUCCAUAUUUAUAGAAAAGGCUCAUCUCAUUCCACAUUUAUUUUUUUAAAAGGGGCUGGAAAAUUUACAUUUUUAUUUCUAAAUUGGAAAAACUAGGAACACUUUUUCUUCCAGUUCACCAAUAUUUUUUGAUCCAUCAUAUAAAAUCCCAAUAAAAUGAAUUUUGUGGUUUGAAGGUGAGAAAAUGUGAUGUAAACCUUUGUGAGACAUAAACAUCAUCAUGAGUUUCUUUAUCUUUGUCACUGCUUAACGUCUUGUGAAUUAGUUUAAUUCUCAGCUGAGCUGUGAUUGAGUCGUGCUUCAUCAGCCCUCGGUUAGGAUCGCUCGCUUCCUCCUGGGUAUUGAACUGUGACUGUGUGCUGCCUUGCUGCCUCAGUGCUUCAGCUCUUUGCUCCUUCAGCGUCGACUCAGACCUGUUCAGGGUCAGCGCUAAAAACAGCAACUACGCCCAUGUUAUCUCUCUUCUUCUUCUGUGCCUUUUUCAUAUUCCUGAAGCUGCACAUCCAUUUGUACCACAUAUAUAGUUCAUAUAUUGAACCAUGUAUAAUGUCAUGAAGGUAUUUUCUUAAAAAAUAUCAUAAAUUUGCAUAUUUAAUGAAAUAUUAGUUGCAUCCCAGUGACUGUCUUCCUUCGGUGUUGGAUGUUAUUAAUGAUUCGUCAGCAGUGGGUGUAGGUGGGUGCUACGACUUUUCUUAUUGACAGCAUUUGUACUUUUUGAGUUCUUGAGAAAUGAAGACAAUCCAAUAGAUAUCAGCUGUAUUUAUAUCUCUGCUAUUGUUUACAAUACAGACGACAUUCAUAUUCCGAGCUGCUCAGUAUUGAUCCGCUGGUGGGAGGAGAACCAACGCAUCCACAGAGAGAACAUGUGAACUCAGGCCGGGAUUUGAUAUUUAUCUAUGUAUAUGAUCUUUUUUUUUCCCCUUUAGUUGUACCACCCUAAAAUUUUCUCUGGCUAUCCCAAUGAAAAUGUUGUUGUGAUGCCAUUGGA